AUGCCAUCAUAUACUUUUGCCGUUUACAAUCGCGAUUUAUUUGAAAAGUCAAAGUUCGAGAACUACGACUCGUUACUUGAAAGUAGGAUUGCUCGUUCCCAAGCUAGAGCUAAUUAUUUGGCAUCAAUUUUCAAAAAUGGUAAUGUGAUUGGUGCGAAUGAAACUCUGACAAGGCCACAUGACGUGCAAGAGAGGUCCCGCGAAAAGGUUCCGAAAACGACAAGCACACAUUUCAUGUAUGGCGAGUAUGUUGCAUCUUUUACUCUCGGCACUCAGCAAAUUAAAAGUUACUUGCUAAUUGACACCGGAAGUGAUUUAGUUUGGUGGCAAUGUGGACCAUGUAGGUCAAAUAAGUGUUACAAACAAAAAUUUGGUCCUUUAUAUGUUCCAACUAAUUCCAAAACAUAUCGAAAACUCGAUUGCAUCGUAAAAAGUAGAAAUUGUUUAGUCGCGGACCCGAGUUAUGUAUGUACUCUAUUCGGUAAUCAGUGUCUCUAUGAUGUGAAAUACGGGGAUGGAGCAAGAACAAAAGGUUGGAUAGCAGACGACGUGAUUACUUUUGUUUUAGACCAAAAUCCGGUAAGGAUUAUUUUUGGAUGUGGCAAAGAUCAAAUGAGCGGAACACAUUUUAGUGGUGAAUAUUCUGGAAUUGCUGGCAUUGGACGUAGACAAAUGAGUGAUGGAUAUUCUUUACCAACACAAUUUGAGGCGGACAUCAUGUCCAUGUGUCUACCGCGAUUUUUUUCUGAAAAAGGAUCAACAAUUAGCUUUCACACAACGCCCUUCAAAAAAACAACAUCAGCACAACUAUUACCAAGUUCCAAAUUACCUACAUUUUAUUUCGUCAACCUUUAUAAAGUUUUUAUUAACGACAAGGAAAUUCCACUAAACCCAUCAUUGUGGAAUUUUAGAAAUGAUAUGAUCGCGGGUGUCAUUGUGGAUACAGGAUCAACUUUUACCCUUUUUCCUCAAGAUUUUUAUACGGAAUUCCGUUACAUCUUCAGACAAGAAGUACGAGAUAUUCCUAUGGUUGCUCCUUCUGGACCUUUCGACACUUGUUAUAAAGCCGGUCCGAGUGCAAAAUUUCCUGUUGUGAAGUUGUACUUUGGCAGGCAAGACCUGAGUAACUUAUUGUUACUGGCACAAGAUCGGGUCUUGGUGCACAUUAGUGGGAAAUUAUGCCUGGCUUUUCAGGGAUGGAACUCAUCCGUCAUAAUUUUAGGAAGUAAUCAACUCCAAGGUGUUGGAUUAACUUUUGAUACUUCAGCAAAUACUUUGUCCUUUGACUUAGAUGCAUGUGAUUGA